AUGAGAGAGUAUCCACCUGAGUCUUUGACCGGUGAGCAAAUUUACUCUGAGCGAUUGAGUGGUGUGAAUCCACCAAAAACGAAGGACGUCGGUGGAAAUGGUCAUGAAAAGAAGAUGCCGGGAUAUGGGAAGCAACACAACUGGCACAAAGAAAGCAUAUUGUGGCAGCUGCCAUACUGGAGGGACCUCAAUCUACGACAUAAUAUUGACGUGAUGCAUACAGAGAAGAAUUUUUUGGACAACAUCAUGUAUACUCUUAUGCGUGUGAAGGGUAAAUCAAAAGAUACCAUCAUGUCAAGAUUGGAUUUAGUGAAGUUCUGUUCUCGGCCACACUUACAUCUUGAUAGUAGGGGUAAAGCACCUUUCCCGGCAUAUGCAUUGACAGACGAAGCCAGAACAAGCUUAUUGGAAUGUGUGAAACACUCAAUUAAAUUCCCAGAUGGUUAUUCGUCAGACUUAGCUAGUUGUGUUGAUAUGGAAAAUGGAAAAACUGCUUCACAAGAAUGUCCACCUUGCUUUAUCAGUAUGUUCGAGGAUUUUCUUUCAGCAAAAUAUCCAGGACUUCCCGAGAAGGAACUCUCCGCCAAAAGAGCAGACGAAUAUCAUUUAUGGGUUAAAGAAUAUGUUACUUACUGGAACGCCACAAAUCCAUUUCCUACUUGGGUUCAAGAGAUAGUGCAUGGACCUUUGAACAAGGUCAAAACAUGGCCAAUGUAUUUUACAAGAGGCUAUUUGUUUCAUACAGAGAAUCACGGCGCUGGACGUAACACAUGUAACUAUGGGGUAUGUGCUAAGGGUGAAAAUUACACGGAUGAAUCUGAUGCAGCGGAUUUCUACGGAACCAUAACUGAUAUCAUAGAGCUUCAAUAUGAGGGGAUGGUUAAUUUGAGAAUCACUCUUUUUAAGUGCAAGUGGUAUGACCCUGUUAUCGGUAGAGGCACUCGGAUCAGCAAUGGUGGUGUCGUAGACGUACUUUCAACAAGAAAGUACAAUAAAUACGAACCAUUUAUUCUAGCCUCUCAAGCAGAACAAGUGUGUUAUAUUCCGUAUCCAUACGUUAAAAAACCGAAGCAAAUAUGGUUCAAUGUUCUAAAGGUGAAUCCGAGGGGAAACAUUUCUGGAGAAUAUGUCAACAGUUCAGAGACAACUCUUUUGCAAACCGAAAAUGAUGAUGCUGUAUUGAUGACUACAAUUGAAGAUAUUGUACUUGACAAUUUGGAAGAGGAAGUUAACCCAAUAAAUCUAGAUUACGGCGUUGAGGAUGUGGAACCUGAAGAUGAAUUCUUGUGUAAUUUAUCAUCUUCGGAUGAUGAAGAACCAGAUGAUGAAGAAUCCUCCUAAUUAUGUCUAUGUCAAAUUUGUGG